UGCAAGUCAAUGUCGGCCGGCCUCAAUUGUAAAUUCAUUUUCCCACGCACUACAAUCAAAUCCUCAAUCCUUCAUUCCAGCAUCGUGUGCGAUUCCCCGAAGAGCGCAAGGAACUCGCAACAAUGCUUAUUCCCAAGGCCGAUCGCAAGAAGAUCCACGAGUACCUCUUCAAGGAGGGUGUGCUCGUGGCAAAGAAGGACUACAACCUUCCCAAGCACCCUGACAUUGACACCAAGAACCUCUUUGUCAUCAAGGCGCUUCAGUCCCUUACUUCUCGCGGCUAUGUCAAGACCCAGUUCUCCUGGCAAUACUACUACUACACCUUGACCCCCGAAGGACUCGACUACCUCCGUGAAUGGCUCCACUUGCCAGCUGAGAUCGUCCCUGCCACCCAUAUCAAGCAGCAACGCAGCCACGCUCCUCCUCGCGGAAUGAUGGGUGGUGACGACCGUGAACGACGCGGUGGUGGCCGUGGUGGUCCCCGUGGUGAUCGUGAGGGAGGCUACCGCCGCCGUGACGCCGGUGAGGGCAAGGAAGGUGGUGCUCCUGGAGAGUACAACCCCACUUUCCGUGGUGGUUUCGGCCGUGGCCGUGGUGCCCCCCCUGCUUCGUCCUAGGAUGGCGAAGAAGGCUAUGUGGCUCCAAGCCUGGCAUGACUGUAUGCAUGAUACAGACGUGUACAAGGGCAUACCACGACUUUGUUUCGGAGGUUAUGGCAAACACUCGAGUGUGUUGCAGCUGAACUGAACUGGACUGACAUCAGACAAGAAAUCAUAGCUCAUCCUACAAUACGAAACCCCGAUUCAAGUCA